AGCGAGCGUGUGCUCGCCCGUGAGGGUCUCGAGCGGACUGACAAUGGCAUGAAGCAGAGCAGCUGGCCAGAUGUCAUGCCCAUCAACCAAAAGAACUACUAUACGGACUACAUGAAACGGGACGACCAGAUCCUGCCCCUGCGACUCCAGAAUGAAGCCAACCGUGAUCGAAUCGUGCAAUCGGCCAAGGACCGAGACCGCGAGCGCGCCCUUAACCCCAGAGGCGAGGUGCCACUGCUGGCAGAAGAUGUGCAGGAGGAAAUGGGCGCCGCCGCAGAUGAGGACGGUACCGCUCCAGCCAAAAAUGAUCCCUCGCAUAUCAUUGUCAUCCACCCCGGCAGUCAAAACCUCCGCAUAGGUUUCGCAAGCGACGCGCUGCCCAAGACCAUACCCAUGACCCUAGCGACUCGAUUCCCGCAGACCGAAUCUGAGCAGUACGAGGCUCUGCCCAGACGGCAGUUCGAGGCCAAGACGUCCGAGGAGCAGUAUGGCGAGGAGUGGUCCAAGAAGUACACGAAGCAGUCCAGUGACCUGAAGAUCGACAUGCGCGCCAACAAGCGCAAGGUCCUGCCAAACUCCAAGGAGCUCGUUGUUAACUACAACCGGCGAGCAGACCCAGAGAUCAUACCCGUCCAUAACGAUCCUCUGCAGGUCGAGUGGACAGACAUCAAGUCGUUGGAGGAUCCAAACUCUGUCGCCUCGUGCUUUAUUGGCAAUGCGGCGCAGAGGGUGCCAGACGAUUCGAAUCCCAAGUUCAAGCUCUGGUGGCCCAUGCAGUGCGGCUGGCUUAACGAGGACGACUACACGAGCAAGGAGCAUCUGUACGACGACUUUGAGACCCUUCUCGACAAGACCAUCCGGCAAGAGCUUGGCUUGAACAAGAACAGCGCCUGGAAGCAAUACAGCUGCGUUUUUGUCAUCCCCGACCUCUACGACAAGAGAUACGUCGAACAGGCGCUCCGUUCUUGUAUGAACUGGUUCGAGUUCUCAAAGGUCUGCUUCAUACAGGAGAGCAUGGCUGCGACCUUCGGAGCAGGGUAUACGCAGGCCUGCGUUGUGGAUGUCGGCGCGCAGAAGACGUCCAUCACCUGCGUCGAGGACGGCCUGUGUCUGGAAGACUCGCGCAUCAACUUGAAGUACGGCGGCUACGACGUCACCGAGACGUUUAUCAAGAUGAUGCUGUUCGAUAACUUCCCCUACGCGGACAUCAACCUCCGGCGGCGGCACGACUUCCUUCUGGCCGAGGAGCUCAAGGUGAAGCACUGUACGAUGACACAGGCAGAGAUCUCGGUCCAGCUCUUCCAGUUCCACCUGCGCGCUCCAAACCAGCCCACACGGAAGUACCAGUUCAAGACAUACGACGAGGUCAUACUGGCCCCAAUGGGCUUCUACGACCCAGAGAUCUUCGACAACUCGACGAAGCUUCGUGGCCGCCGGAAGAUUAUCGACCGCUCCUACAACCCUUACGAGGUGGAGGUCCCUGACGACCCCUUGUCGGCGGCACAGACCAGUAUUCUGGCUUUGUCCAAGCCCUCGAUAAAUCAGCUGAACCAAGGGGUCAACGGCGCAGCGCCCGCAGCCGCCGAGUUUGCGACGCCGAUGAAGGAGAAGCCGAAUCCUUUCAACAACAUCGUCCGUGAUGGCACACCACAGGCCUCCAACGCCCCGUCCCCUGCGCCAGAGGGUGCCAGCACGCCGCCUCAAAUCCAGGCCACCCCGGCUCCGCAAGGAAUGUUCGCCGACCCCAGCGUGCCGGUGAGCAAGCUGCAGGCCAUCGAGCGGGACUCGGUGCUCCCCAUCGCGCCCCUGGACACGGCCAUCAUGAUAUCAAUACAAUACGCCGCCAAGGGUGACGAGAAGAAGACGCGCGACCUCAUGGGCUCCAUCAUGGUGAUUGGCGGCGGUGCCAAGAUUCCCCACUUCACCACGUACCUCGAGGAGAGGCUCCGCGCGCGGCGGCCCGACAUCGCGGAUAGAGUCCUGGUGUCGCGCAGCGCUAGGGACAUGGACGAGCAGGUGGUCGUCUGGAAGGGCGCCAGCGUCUUCGGAAAGCUCUCCAUGAACGACUCGUGGAUCACGCCCAUCGAGUACGAGAGGCUGGGGCCGAGGACGCUCCACCACAAGGUUCUUUGGUCGUGGUAAUAAAAGAUCAAGAGGCUACGGGACUUUAUAAAAGGUGGUGAGCAGAGCAUUGUCUCCAACAAUGAGAUUCCUUGCAGACCUGGGAAGAGAGAAAGAAGGGGGGGGGGGGGGGUUUAUUGUCAUUUUCAGAAGGGAUGAAUGGAGUUUGGCGUUGAUAUGCCAGGCAAAUGGGAUUUUUAAGGGGCUCCCACAUACAAACAGCCGGAAGAGCUCUCAGCGAUUUAUAGUGCGAGAUGGUGGUUAUGGAACUUUGACAUGCUUUUUUUAAGGGGUCAGCGAUUAGACAGAUCAUGGCCCAGGGGAGUACAUGGAGAAUGAAAUUCAAACUUGUUGCGUUCAAGACUGUACAGAGCACUAGGCAUGCAAUGGGCCAUUAAAAACAGAGUAUAGAAUCAUAAGAACC